UUCUCACAAAAGCUGUGAGCGGCGCUCACAAGUGUUUCUUACACACGCGAAUGUCGGAGAUCCCGAGGAGAACAAGGAGAGCGGUGCGGUGUGCGUUUCGCGGGGAACAAAGCGGCGUAGGGCGGGAGUAAGUGCGUCCUCUCUUGCCUCUGCGUCUUCGCGUGUCAAGUACAAUGGUUAUCUGCAAAUACUAUCGGCAAGGCAAUUGCCGUUACGGGCAGUACUGCCAGUUCGAGCACAUAAAUCAUUUCGGCAACACCAAAACCGAGGAUGAUAUCGUUAUCCUGGUAGCGAAGGAGGUGCUUCUCGCCGAGCGUGGCGGACAGUGGUUACUGUCGUGCUUCGGGCCGCUCAAAGAACGUCCCAAUAUCCCAGAUAUGGAGGAUGUGUCCCCAGAGGAGAUCCGAUGGGAAAUAUAUCACGCGCAGAAGAACGGCAUGGUUGAACAGGCGAAACUACACUUUCAACAACUGUGCCAGGACAUGAAGGCCAAAAGGGAGAUGCUGAAAAAUCCCACGCGAGAGACAAUCACAGUGCUCAAAAAACUCUUAGGGAGCGGCCAAAAAGCUCCUCAGUUGAGCCUAGUCAACAACGCGUCGACUAACAACGUAUUCGGUGCCACAGCAUUCGGCGUGCAAAACAAUAAUCCAUUCGGCGGAGGUGGAUUCACCUCGGCGAGCAACGCAUCGUCAAUAUUCGCAAAGUCCAACAACAACACGACGUCCGUAUUUGGCAGCGCGGCGACCUUUGGAAACAAUCUCGGCGGGUUUGGCACCGCGACGAGCGGUGCUGGCUCCAUUUUCGGAACGACGAGCACAUCGACGUCGUUCAGCGGCGUGCAGAACAGCCCGCCGACGUUUGGAACGCCUCAAAACAAUCCGAUCUUCGGCGGAUCGUCACAGAACGUCUUCAGCCAAAACAACAAUGUGUUCGGCGGGACGCAGCAGCUCGGCAGCGCAUCCACCACGUUGUUCAACAGUCGGAUAACACCGCAGGUGAGCACCUCGCUGUUCGGCGGAGCGACAACCACUACAUCCAGCCCAUUCAGCGGCGCGUCCACUAGCUUACAGACUAACCCGGUCUUUGGCCCCGUCACGUCGUCGUCCGGCUCCUUCAACAGCGGGAUGUUCACUCAGCCGAAAACGCAGAUGCCCGCGUUCGGCGGAGCGCCGGUCUUCGCCGGGGUGGCUCCUAACUACGCCAAUAACUCCACCGGCGGCCCGCUAUUCGGCGGCGGUCAAACGUUCGGCGCUCCCGCGAUAUCCACGAACAGUAUCUUCGGCGGAUCCACGGCCACCGCGGCGCCGACGUUUGGUGCAGUUGCCGCCACCACGGCGCCGGCUUUCGGUACGUCCACCGUUGCCACCACGCAGCCUGGUUUCGGCGCACCCGUCGCUACCGCGGCGCCGGCUUUCGAUCUGAAUCAGCCGCCCAGCAAUAAUGCCACCUUCGGGACGACCGUAUCUGCCCCGAAUGUCUUCGGCGCACAGAACACCGACACCAUGUCGUUCGGCGCGCCGUCUGCCGCGAUCAGCAGCCCGUUCGUCACUACCAGCUCGCAGCAAUAUGAUUCCACGAGCGUGAGCUCGGCUCCGUUCGCCGGUACGGGAUUCGGCGUGGUCGCAAGCACGAAUAACACGUUCGGCACCACAGAGACGUCUUCCAAUUCGAUAUUUGCAAACGCAGGCGCUACCUUUGCAACCUCCAACGCGGCUGUUCCAAACGCUUCGCUGUUCCCCGCGUCGACAUUCGGCGGUAUCAAUACUUCUCCGUUCGGUCCGACGGCUGGCACGACUCUUACGGCAACGACCGCAAACCCAUUCGCACCGCAAGUUCAACAAGGCGGCUCACCAUUCGGAAGCAUCGCGCAAAAUCAGCAAAUCAACGCUUCUCCCUUUGGAAAAUCACCGUUUAGCACCACCGCAGCCAGCACCAUCAUCGAUGAUACCAUUUACAGCGUGGACGGUUCGUUGACGGACGAUGAGAAGAGUAUGUUCCUGGCUGAGAAAUUUAUUAUCGGCAAGAUACCACUCAAGCCUCCUACCAAAGAUAUAAGAUGACUCGAUAAUGCCAUUUGCGAACUUGGAGUGAUGUGCGUUUAAAUGUAUACUGUGAUAAUGACACGUCUCUGUUAUCUGUAUGUAAAUAUUCAAAUCUUUAUACGACUGUGCCUAAUCAGGUUCUCAAUAGUUUAUUUGUGCAACUGAAUGAAGAAUCCUUAUUAGUA